GUCUAACAAGAAGCCUAAGCAUAACUUCACUUGACCAAUCAACGUUUGAAAAAGCACAAGGAGAGAAAGUUACGUUGCCAUGUACUUUUGUACUCUCAGAAGAAGAUGAAGGCCCACUAGAUAUUGAGUGGGUAUUGAUACCAGCAGAUAAUCAAAAGAAGGAACAAAUAAUAAUUAUGUAUGCUGUAGACAGGAUUUAUAAUCAUUAUUAUGCUGCUAUGACUGAACGGAUGCAGUUUACUAAUCCUGAUCCCAGAUCUGGUGAUGGUUCGUUGGAUAUCCUGAAUUUAAAGUCAGCAGACACUGGCACAUACCAGUGCAAAGUGAAGAAGGCUCCUGGAGUUCAAAGCCAAAAAAUACAGUUGACUGUCCUUGUAAGGCCAGCAAGAACUAAAUGUUCCAUUGAAGGAUCACAGGAGAUUGGAAAAGACGUUACCUUGAAGUGUGCAUCGCAAGAAGGAUCCCCGCUUUUGUCUUAUGACUGGAGAAGAGUAUCUGGGACACAGGAACUACCUGCCACUUCCAUGCUGAAUAAAAAUACAGGGGAACUUCUCUUGAAAAAUGCCUCUCAAGACUAUUCUGGCACAUAUAGUUGCAUUGCUUCGAACAGAGUUGGCACGGAUGAAUGUUCUGUUGAGCUGAAUGUCACCCCUCCUAUAAAUACAGCUGCUAUAAUUGCUGGAGCUGUUAUAGGAACUCUGCUGGGUCUUUCUGUACUGGCUUUUCUUGUCUUCUGUUACUGUAAGAAACAGAGAGAGAAGAAAUAUGAGAAAGAAGUACAUCACGAUAUCAGAGAAGAUGUUCCACCUCCAAAAAGUCGCAGUUCAACAGCCCGCAGCUACAUGGGGAGCAAUCGUUCUUCUCUGGGUUCGAUGUCUCCCUCAAAUAUGGAAGGAUAUACCAAAACUCCAUAUAGCCAAGUCCCAAGUGAAGACUUUGAACGUGCUCCUGGUCAAAACCCAACCUUUGCACCUUCAAAGGUAGCUGCACCUAAUUUAAGUAGAAUGGGAGCUGUUCCUGUGAUGAUUCCAGCACAAAGCAAAGAUGGGUCCAUAGUAUAAAAUAUUAUUAAUUUAAAUGCUGUUUUUUAAGUGUUCAUUGUAAGUAUUAGAGAAAACUACCAUGUUCCAUCCCUCAUUUAAACAAUGGCAUGCAAUUUUCCUUGAAGAAAAUGAACAAGUUAGUUUGAAAAGCCACCAAUUCUCAUUUUUAAUUUUAAACUUACUAGUAUAUGACAGUUGAACUAUUUGCUAAAAGCAUUGAUGUUCCUAAAUAAAUAUCGGACAC